GGACUAGUCUUCCAUCUCGCGAGAAUUGAUAGAAGAGCGAGAUUUCAAACAUUUAGCGGAGGCACGCGUCGGAAACACAAGAAAAGCAUCUAAAGUGUUGUAAAUACCACCAUAGAGACAAACAGAUAUGGAUUCUUCUACUGCCAUCAAGUCUCUGAUAUCCUAUGGUUCUGAUGAGGAAGAUUCGGACGAGGAAACGGAGGGAAAUGCGAAACCAGCACAAAAGGCUGUACUAGGACUGGUGGCGUAUGGAGCAGGAGAUGAAGAUGAAGUGAAAGACACCAGCAUGGAGGAGGCAAGAGAAGAUGAUGAGGAUGACUACCUCACAGGAAGAAUGGAAGAGGGUGAUAUUGCAAUGGUGGACAGUGACAAUGAUUCUCAGGACUCUGGCCCUAAAGAUCUUUUGUCAGAGAGUGUCCGAAACAUGAGCGAAGAUGACAUUGUUUUGCCACCAGAGCCCCCUGGCAGAUGUUCCAAGCAAAUGCAGGAGAAAAUUUCCAGAUUGUAUGAUCAGAUGAGAGGAGGCAGGGACCUAAACCAGAUGAUCCAGAGAAGAAAAGACUUCAGAAAUCCCAGCAUUUAUGAAAAACUGAUACACUUUAUAGGGAUAGAUGAAAAUGGGACCAAUUAUCCAAAGGAUGUAUAUAAUCCACACAUGUGGGGGGAAGAUUCCCACUAUGAAGCACUGGCAAAGGCCCAAAAGGAAGACAUGGCCAGAAGAGAGAAGGAAAAGAAAGACAGAACGAAGGUGAAUGAAAUUGAGUUCCUCACGGGGACUGCCAAGAAGCCAGUCACACAGACGACCACAGGUGUGGCUGGUGUGGCUGUUAAGACAGAAGCUGUAGACCCAAUGAAGAGGAAGAGUAAAUGGGACCAGAGCUCUACCCAGAUCCAGACCAUCACCACCACCAAACCUACUGUAGUCACUCUGGCAGCACCAAACACCACAGGGAAAACCACUGUUAUAUCUGCUGUGGGGACGAUAGUCAAAAAGGCAAAGGUUGCAGACCCAGUACCCAAAACUGAGAAGAAGCCAGCAGAAAAAUCACAACCGGGUAGUAAGGAUUAAGUAAUGAAAGGAACCGAAGCUUACUUUUUAUUCAGUCAUAUGUUUACUUGCAAAAUUGGACGUAAGUGGAUUUUAAUCAACCAAAGACAGCAUACAAGUGCUGUGGUACAAAACUUAAGUCUGAAUUCCAUGUCACUUUAUUGCAGGCCAUCGAUUAAUAUGUAACAUUUCCUAUGGCAAAGUGUCAUUUUCUUAUGUAUAUAUGACGUAUGAUGUACCUAACUCUAAGUUUGUCAAAUGUAAAACAUGGCGAUAGUAUGUCUGCUCUAUGUAUUGUACAAAGAGUUAGAAAAUCCCUAAACAAUAUCAUUUCAACUGUUCUUAUUUGAUGGCAUAGAAAGGGGCGGUGACAUAAAAACUGUCAAAUGAUAAUAAAAACAUUUCAUUUUUGC